AUGUCGACAAUGCGGCUGGAAAGCAUUAAUUCCCAAGUAAGGUCCACAAGCAAUGGCCUUGAAACAAUAAAACAACAACACCCAGACGAUGUCGUGAUCACACUGGCCAUUCGAACACCCUUAUGCAAGUCCAAACGUGGAGGCCUCAAGGAUACUCUGCUAGAUGAUCUGGUCUUCAAAACACUGGAGCAAGUCAUCGCGCAGAGCAAACUAGAUCCAAGCCAGGUCAACGACAUCUGCCUGGGAAACGUCAGAGAUGCGAAAGCCUCUUAUUACGUCCGAGCAGCGGCACUUGCUGCAGGCUUUCCACCAACGACAUGUGCCUCGCACGCAUCUCGUUUCUGCUCUUCGGGGUUGACGGCCACGCAGCAUGUCGCGAAUGAGAUCAUCACAGGCACGAUUGACAUCGGAGUCGCCAUUGGGGCUGAAGCUCUUUCCACGGAAUACACUCGCUUGGACCGAGACUUCGUUGAACCGAUCAUGUCCGGAAGUCAACAUGCAGCAGAUUGCAUGAUGCCAAUGGGAGGGACUGCUGAGAUCGUGGCCCAAGAAUUUAACGUGACUCGUGAACAGCAAGACCAUUAUGCUGCCGAGUCCUAUCAUCGCGCAGAACAAGCACAGCAGAAUGGAUGGUUUGACGACGAGAUCGUGCCGAUUCGGGUAACAUUGAACGGGAAACAGGAGACUAUUUCUAAGGACGACUGUCUUCGAUCUGGAGUUACGCCUGAGAAGCUCUCUAAACUUCCGCCAUCAUUUCCUGACUAUGGCCCAACGACUCAUGCAGGUAAUGCGAGCCAGAUCACGGAUGGAGCGGCUGCCAUCAUUCUCAUGAAGCGCUCGAAGGCACUUGAGCUUGGUCAACCAAUUCUUGCAAAAUACAUCGGAACAAGUCUAGCUGGCUUGCCUCCUCGAAUCAUGGGCAUCGGACCAACCUACGCAAUCCCAAAACUUCUUGAACGCUUCGGCAUCGCGCUCGACGACGUAGAUGUGCUGGAAAUCAACGAGGCAUUUGCUUCCAUGGCAGUCUACUGCCGCGAUCAAUUGAAACUUGACUGGAGUAAAAUGAACCCUCGUGGAGGAGCCAUUGCACUCGGUCAUCCAUUUGGCUGCACAGGAGUGAGACAAAUCGUCACAGGCCUGAGUGAAUGCCGGAGAAGGAAGCAGCAGAUUCUGGUGACUAGCAUGUGCCUGGGCACUGGCAUGGGCAUGGCUGGUUUGUUCGUGAACGAGCAAUAUUGA